AGCGAGGUUGAUCGCGCAGUUGAUUCAGUGUACGAAGGACGUCGCGAGUGGCAAGAGCGAGUCGGCGAAAGGGGCUUCGAGGGGUAGUCGAAUCAAAAUAAAUGAAAAUCCCGAGUCGGAGAGUAGGAGGAGCCAAAAAUAAAAGGAAAUAAAAGCGCGUGUCGAGAGAGAGAGAGAAUUUCGCGGGGAUUCGGCGAGGAAAUCGUGCCUGAAAUAUCGAGGGGUUCGAGGGAGCGAGGAAAAAGGGGGGAAAAAGGCUUCGGAGAAUCUGGAAAAGUUCGGGGCGGAGGUUAAAAUAGUGCAAAGGCUCCCUCGAAUAUUAAGUAUAGAAAUAAAGUGCGAGAAAGUUAUUGGAUUGGAUCUGAACCGUCAGAAACGCCACACGGUCCAAUGUAUAACGGUGUUGAGGGGGUCGAGAUAAAAGCGAGCGUUAAAACAAGAUGUCGUUGCCCCGGGAGUGGAGUUAUCUUCAGGAGUCGUGUCGUACGAUCGAUCGGGGUCCGAAGGCCGAAUCCACCUCGCGGGAAAUGUGCCUCGGGGAGGAUUCCGGUCUGGUUUAUCCCUCGGAGUUGUCGGCAGCCUCGACCAUCAUCGAUGAGAAUAUGAACCAAUCGAAUCAGCUGGGAUCUCUGUUCUCCAUUCACUCAGCCCCGGUCUUCGAUCUCAACGGGGGCUGCACCGGAGGCGCUGGCAUUUUGUCGUCUCCCACGAGGCCGGGCUCUCUCGUGGUACAAACGACCGCGACUUCGACCCCGAUCGUCCCCCCGCACCUGCAGAGCCCUCCCGACACCAUCGAGGACGACGACAACGACAAUCUCCUGACCAUUUCCAGCCUCACCGCCCGCCCUCUCAUCGCUAAAUCGCGCGAAUUGCGAUCCUCCAAAUGUCACUACGAGAAAAAAUACAAGCCUCGUCGCAGCCACCGAAGCGAGCACGACUGUCGGGAGAAGAGGGCCAAAAAUAUCCACUACGUUCCUCUCGACGGCGGCUACGGAUGGAUCGUCGUCUGCGGAGCCUUUUUCGUCCAGUUCUGGGUCGCCGGACUCGUCAAGUCUUACGGCCUUCUCUACGUCGAAGUCAUGGAAACUUUCAGAGACUCCUCCGCCGCUGUCGCCUCCUGGAUACCGGCCAUUCUUUCCUUCUUCUGUCUCGCACUCGCUCCGGUGACCAGCAUGUUAUGCCAAAAAUAUAGCUGCCGCGUGGUCGUUUUCAUCGGCGGCCUCUUCUGUGCUCUCGGCCUCACGAUCAGCUUCUUCGCCACGAGCCUCGUUCAUCUUUUCUUCACUUUCGGCGUUCUCACAGGAAUCGGCGGUGGUUUGUCAACGACGCCAGGAAUAAUAAUAGUAUCGCAGUACUUCGACAAGCACAGAGCCCUGGCCAACGGGAUAUGCGUGUCUGGUACGGCGGCCGGGAGUUUCGUGUUUCCCCUGUUGAUCGAGGCUUUGGUAUCGAAUUUUGGUUUCCACGGUACGAUACUGUUGUUGGGUGGCUGCAUGUUGCACGUGUGCGUGAGUGCGACGCUGUAUCGUCCACUGGAGGACAAUCCAGCGGCGCUGUUGGAUUCGUCGGAGGCGAAAGGCUCAUCGGAGGGUGGAAAAGGUCUGGAGUUCGCCGUGAGCGAGGAGCAGCAGCGGCAGGAAGAGCAGCAGCAGCAGCAGCAACAGGCGAAGCAGCAGCGACUCGAGCUUCUGUUCGCCAACGACACGACAACGAGACACAAUUUACUGAACGAAUUAUUCAACCAGAAGAGCAGCGUCGUCGCCGUGGAGCUCACCGACAGCGAAGAGGAAAAGGACAUAAUGGGAGAGGCGAUAAGAAUGAAGCCGAUUUCGAAAAUUCGGAGCUCCAGCAUCCUCCACAGCGUCGAAGACUUGAGCACGGACUCCACGUGCGUCUACAAAGCCCGAGCCUCCCUCAGGUCCCUCAGGUCAUCAGCCGCCACCGUCGUUUGUCCCGCCGUUCCUCGAGAACCGAUCAUGCCCGACCAGGAAUCCAUCAACGCCGCUCCCCGCACUCUCUCACAAAAAAUAGCCCUCUACAUCGAUCUCACCCUGCUGAAAAACCCACAAUUCAUCAUGAUGUGUCUCUCGGUCAGCCUCAUGUCGACCGGAAGUCCUUACAUGCUUUACUACCUGCCGGCUUACGUCCACGCCGCCGGAUACUCCAAAUCCGAAGCUGGAUAUCUCGUCGCCAUCUCGGCAGCUCUCGAUCUCUUUGGCAGACUGGGAUUGGGGUGGUUGUCCGAUUUGCAGCUGUUUGACCGACGAAAAGGAUACAUCGGAAGCAUCGUCGGCGCCGGGGUGGCUGUGCUCGCGAUACCGAUGGCUCACUCGUUCUACGUUCUCGCCUGCUCGGUCGGCAUGUACGGGCUUUGCCUUGGAUGCUGGUUCCUCCUGGUUCCCGUGCUUCUUGCCGAUCAGUAUGGCACCGACAAGAUUUCAUCGAGUUACGGGCUCGUGCGUAUGUUCCAGAGCGUCGGGGCCAUCUCGAUACCGCCGCUUGCCGGCUACCUGCGGGACGUGACCGGAAGUUAUUCGGUGUGUUUUCUGUGCAUGGGGACGUGCAUGGUCCUGGGCGGAUUGCCUCUGCUGCUGGUGUCGUCGGAAAUAGUGCAAAAGUCGACGAGCACGCUUCAAGUGAGCGUGACGGAUGAGGCCAGCAAGGAAGCUCCAACAGUCGUGACCAAAGAAUAAUGAAAAAGUAACAAAACGAAGUGGGAGGAGAAGAAAAAACGGAAGAACGAUGCGCGCACUCGGCUGUAUUCGAAGCUCUUUGAGUUCGUUGAUUUUCUCGGCCGCGAGCGAAAAUUGUCUGCCACUUUUCGUCUCGUCGUCGGCUCAUUUAUCAAUUUUUAUUAUUUUUAUCUUCUUUUUGUAUUCUUACACGGAUGUCGAAACGCGCAGAAAAGCAAAAAAGAGGCUCGUGAAGUGAGAGAGAAAAUGUGUGUGCACGUGCGAGAGCGAGAGCGCAUGGAACUUUGAAAAUUGUUUAUCGAAUGCAGAGAGAAAAUGAGUGAGAUGACAAACGAUAGGAAAUAAAGAAAGGGACCGAGUUACUAGGCUUCCCGAAAACUACUGUAACGGCUUUUCUCCGAACGCCCGUUUUUUCCCCGGCCGGAGAAAAGAGGCGCUGGAAUCAAUGAAACAUGAACUAGGAAGCGAAAACGACGUGGAGCUGAAUGGGUGAGAGAUUUACGAUCGCCCUUAUUGACGUAAUAAAAACGAACGAUUAUUAACUA